AUGCCCAAGCCCAAAAAAGCAGACAAAACAGUCAAGCCAGUCAAGCCAGUCAAGCCAGAGCCAAACACAACACCCAACUGGCCUCCCCUCCGACCCCUCCUCCCCGCCGCCGAUCUAUCCCUCACCCCCCUCCUCACCGACCAAAUCUACCUAAUCCGCAACUUCCUCCCAAACACCCUAUGCAAGACCUACACAUCAUUCCUCGCCUCCCUCCCCCUCACCACCACACCAGGCAAACCCAAAAAAGAUGAAGCCCUCCGCGUCAACGACCGCUUCCAAAUCGACGACCGCCGAUUCGCAGAAAUGCUCUGGGAAACAACCGCCCUGAAAGACCUUGUCACGACCCGAUUUGCCGAAGACCAAGAACUCACACCAGCCCAAAUAUCCCAGCAAGCACACCACCUCUGGGGUGGAGAACCACUGGGUCUGAAUCCUAAUAUCCGUAUAUAUCGAUACUCGGCGGGCCAAUUCUUCGGACAGCACUAUGACGAUGCAAAUAAUAUAACAUUUACUGCGCCGCGGGCUAAGGCUGUUCCUGCCCGCACGACAUGGACGCUCCUUGUUUAUUUGACUUCGUGUGAGGGGGGUGAAACGGUGUUUUACCCUGAGGCUACGCGGGGGAAUCGGAAUCCGGAGCCGAUUGCUGUGGCGCCAGAGGUGGGGAUGGCGUUGUUGCAUCGGCAUGGUGAUCAUUGUAUGAUACAUGAGGGGAUGGAGGUUACUGGUGGAGAGAAGUGGGUGUUGAGGAGUGAUUUGGUUGUUCCGAGGUGA